AUGCGUUUAAAUCAUCCUGGCAAUAGUCAAUACUAAUCUGAUAUUUCUCAGCAUACUAUCAACUUCAAAUAGCAUUUGCAAUCACAAUCAAGAAACAACACAAUGAUCAAAUCAAAAUUCUUUCUUAGAAGAAGCAUGGAUUACAACCAUAAUUAGCAAUUCGAAUAAUGCAAUCAAGCUUAUGCUAAUGAAUUCUAAUCAUUAGGUAUUAUUCCUGAUUAGAAGCGUCAAUUACUACCUCAACUUAAAUAAUCACAUGAGCACGGAUAAAUAUAAACUGCACAGUUAAGGUCAAGAUCAAAUAAAGAAACAAAUAAAGGGCAUAAAAGUAGUAUGAGUAAUUAUUCAGUUCUUCCAAAUAGCUUCAACGAUUCCAAGAAUCUCAUGAACUAGACCAUGAUGAAUUUUUAAGUUUCUAUUUUCGAUUUGAAACCUAGUAGGUUCUCCAAGUAAUAAAUAAAAAAGGCUUAGGAGUGGCAUGAUAUAAAUAGUGUUGUAGAAAAUGCCUCUAUUUAAACGAGAUAUAAAGAAUAUAGCAGAUUUAAUGAGUCUUAAUAUGAUAGAAACAAUAGCACUAUAGAUCAAUGUGCUAGACAACUCUAGAUGGUUUGGAAAAAGCGCCGAUUUAUGAGAUUGCUUAGAUAAUUAUAGAGAAAGAAGUUCAAUGAUAAUGCUAUCAUUAUUUAGUAGAAUUUGAGAUCUUACAUUUCAUAUAAAAAGGUACAAGCUAUGAAGUUAGAAAGGGCUUUUGUUCAUAAUAUAAUGUACUUCAAACAGAUAAAAAUGAGGUUAAUGAUUGACUCCUAGAUAAAAAUCAGAUAUCAUUAUUUAAAGUAUAAAAGAAGAAAACAAAAAAUAUUGUAAGUAGUGAAUAAUGCAAAAGUAAAUGCACCUUUUAGAAAGUCUUUUAAAAAGAAUAACUAGGUUCAAGAUGCCAAUAUAAAUUUCACAAAGAUAGCUCUUGAAGCUAAAAAGAGAGACUAAAUUAACAACAGCAAUAAUAACACUAAGAAAAAUGGGAAUGAGAGUUAAUUUAGGAAAAGGAGUAAUUCUAAGAAAGCAAAGAAGAUUAAAGAAAGUUUGGAAAGUAACGAGCUUAAUAACGUUUUAAAAGCAUCAAAUAGCAAUAUUCAAGCUAGAGGAGGUACAAACAAGCAAAGUUCAAAGCAUUUGAAACCCCCCUUGCAAAACCGCUCCAUGAUUGCCUAAAUCAAUAGCGAUAGUUCAAAUCAGUUAAACCAGUAAAAUACACUAUCUGCAUCUAAUCAGUCUGACCUUAUGUCCAGGAGUUAACUAAUGAUCAAUUCUAGAAAUGGCAGUGAAACCAGGAGCAUCAGAAGAAUUAUAUCCUCGAAGAAGACUUCAUCUAAUAGUGUUCAAAUGAUGAGCCUAAGUGGAUCCAGUCCUAAAUUGGAAACGCAUUAACAAAAAAAUAAUGAGUUAUAGGACGAUAAUUCUCUGAAUGAAGAUCUCAUUCAAGAUGUAGUUAUUGAAUUAUAAUGA